AUGGCAAAAACCACGGCAGGUCAGGCGGCGGCUGUGAAGGCCGUCGCCAAAGUGGCGGCCAAAUCAGUGGCAAAAAAUAAGGCAAAGGCAAAGGCAGCUACGCUGUCUGCAGUUGCAAAGGCAGCAGCAAGAACCAGGGAGGCAGCCGACCCCCCCCAAGAACCUGCACCAGCAGCUUCGAAGACCCGAAAAGCCCCAGUUGACACUCCUUCCGUCCACCCUGCCAAGAAAGCCAAGGAUUCACAGCCAGAUUUUCCCAUCACUUGGGAGAAUUUUGAGAAGGUUAAGGCUCACUUCGGAAUUUCCGAUGAUGAAUGUGAGGCUGCGUUGCCCGAGCCCACCGACACCUUGCCGGAUGCAUCCAGCAAGGCUGCUGUAGAAGCUGAGGAACUAGUGGAUGAGGAUGAGGAAUGUGCUGGAGGUGCUGAGGAAGGUGAGGAGGAAGGGGAAGAGGAAUGGGAAGAGGAUGGGGUCGAUGCUGAGGAUGAGGAGAUGCCGGCUGACAUAGGUCCUGCUGGGUGGGAUGGUGGGUCGGAUGAGGAUCUGGAUGGUGAGGGGAUUGCCUGUUUGGGUGGUGGUGGUGGUGGGAAACCGGACUCACCUUCUCCACCUGUGUCUGUUGUGGAAGGGUCUGGUGGUGGCUCUGUGGCUGACAUGCUUGAGACCUUGCCCUGUGAACCUGAGGAACCCGUUCGUUUGAUGGUCCCAACUGAAGAUCCCGCCAAGGAUGCUAGGAAGGAUUUGGAAAACGCCCUCAAGAACAGACCCACACCGGCCAAGAAUGACAGCAAGCAGGCAAGGUCGUGCACUACGCUGCGCUUGGGUGCCCAGGCAAUGUCUGCUCAGGCUUCUGUGGUGGAUCCGGAGAAGUCCCCAAAUGGAAAGUCCACGGUUUCCACGUUGGGCCCCCCGGCCAGUCAAGUGGAUUUGGCUUCCGUGGAUGACGACAAAAUGACGGAGGUGGUGAAGGCUGUGACCUUCAUUCAGUCAGUUAUGCAAGAGCCUUGGGUUAAGAACCUUCUGUCUAGCCUUGGAGGUGGUGAAACGGAUGAUGCUGAAGCAGGGCGACCAGCCCCCUCAAGACCCAAGCCUGCUUUGACCAUCCCCCCUGCUCCAGCUGCUUCGCCCGCUGAGACCCCAACGGUGGAUCGCAAGUCUGAAAGCAUGCCGCCUCCGCCUGUGCCCAAGGCUGCUGGAGGUGAUGCUGGUGAUGGUGGAUCUCUUGAAGCCCCAGCAGAGGACAAGCAGGAGCUGCUUCGCCAGUGGGUUCUCAAAGGAGAGAAUCUGCAAGCAGUGGAAACCCAGCUUCAAGUCUCCCGAAGUCAAGAAGGAGAGUUGACCCGUGGACGAGAACUUUUGACUAUCCGGGAGAUGAGAGAGUCCAAGAUCGACUCCAUCCUGCGCAAGCAGCAGGGUGUGCCCGAUGAAGAUGCACCCGACGAUGUUGAGUCAGUGAGAUUUUGGUGCACCACCGGCAGCCGUUACACUGACAGAGAGAAAAUGAAAAUUGAAAUGACCGCCAAUGCGACGGUGAACACUACCCCUGAGGCAAUUGGCAGUUUGUUGGGUGAAAACUCCAGUGCAGCCCCGUUGGCCUUGACCAAUGGAGCUUCUCCGUCCGCUGGCCCGGGUCACAGCCUUGAGUCGCUGCUCAGCUGUGCCAAUCAAAGUUUGGCACCAGGAGGGGCAGGGGCUAAGGCCAAAUCUAAGGCAAAAGCAAAGGCCAAGGCAAAAUCUAUGCCUGGUUCGCAGACUGAGAAAACCCCCGCAGAGAAACGUGAAGCUGCCCGUGCUUCGACUCACAUUAGAAAAAAACGAGUUCAUGGUAAACCCCAUUGA